UCCAAGAACAACAAAGGCUCCCCUCGCUGCCGUUUAACUGCGAAGUAAAGCCGUCGGUCAGUCACUCGUCGGCGGCGAACGGCGGCGCAGCUUUGUAGUAUAGAAACUUACCGAAACGCAAUAUGGGCAAGAAAAACAAGAAGCCUGGAAAAGGCAAAGAGAAGACGGAGAAGAAAACUGCAAAAGCAGAGGAAAAGAGGGCUCGCCGGGACUCCAAAAAACUCUCUCCCGAAGACGACAUCGAUGCCAUUCUGUUGAGUAUACAAAAAGAGGAAGCAAAAAAGAAAGAAGUUCAUGUUGAAGACAAUGUCCCUGCUCCAACUCCUAGAUCGAAUUGUUCGCUUACUAUUAAUCCAUUGAAAGAGACAGAGUUAAUUCUCUAUGGUGGUGAAUUUUACAAUGGGAAAAAGACAUAUGUAUAUGGCAAUCUGUACCGGUAUGACGUUGACAAGCAAGAGUGGAAACAUAUAUCAAGCCCAAACAGCCCUCCUCCUAGAAGUGCUCAUCAAGCAGUUGCUUGGAAAAAUUAUCUCUAUAUAUACGGUGGUGAAUUCACAUCUCCCAAUCAAGAGCGUUUUCACCAUUACAAGGACUUUUGGAUGCUAGAUUUGAGAACAAACCAAUGGGAGCAACUGAACUAUAAAGGUUGUCCAAGUCCCAGAUCGGGACAUCGAAUGGUCCUGUACAAGCACAAAAUUAUAAUUUUUGGAGGCUUCUAUGAUACUCUCAGAGAAGUUAGGUAUUACAAUGAUUUGCAUGUAUUUGAUCUCGAUCAGUUUAAGUGGGAAGAAAUUAAACCUCGACUUGGAUGCUUGUGGCCUAGCCCGCGAAGUGGCUUUCAAUUUUUUGUUAGUCAAGAUGAGAUUUAUUUAUAUGGUGGUUAUUCCAAAGAGGUUUCAACAUCACCAGACAAAAAGGUAUCAGAAAAAGGAAUUGUUCAUUCAGACAUGUGGAGUCUUGAUCCUAGAACUUGGGAAUGGAACAAGGUAAAGAAGAGUGGGAUGCCUCCUGGACCUCGUGCUGGUUUCUCCAUGUGUAUACACAAAAAGCGGGCUUUACUCUUUGGAGGAGUGGUGGACAUGGAAAUGGAAGGUGACCUAAUGAUGAGCUUGUUCUUGAAUGAAAUUUAUGGCUUCCAAUUGGACAAUCAUCGCUGGUAUCCUUUGGAGCUUCGAAAGGAGAAAGCAACAAAAGCAAAGCAAAAGAAGGAUUCUGAGAUGGGACAAAAUGAUAUGGAAAUCUCUGACAAAUUGAGAGUGGCCGAAAGGCAAAGUAACUUAUCCUCUGAUGAAGACGAUAAUUCUGAAGAUGAUGAUGCAGAGGUCGAGUGCAGUGUAAAAAAUAUAUCGUCUAAUUUGAGUAGAAAUGUAACAAUCAGUAACACUAUGGAAGCUUCCGCAUCUACCAAGAGAUCUGCUGUGCAAAGCUCUGUUAUCCCUGAGGUUGUAAAACCGUGUGGACGAAUCAAUUCUUGUAUGGUUGUUGGAAAAGAUACGUUAUACAUUUAUGGUGGGAUGAUGGAAGUUAAAGAUCAAGAAAUUACGCUGGACGAUCUGUACGCACUCAACCUUAACAAACUGGAUGAGUGGAGGUGCAUCAUUCCGGCAUCUGAAUCAGAAUGGAUUGAGGAAUCAGAGAAUGAAGAAGAAGAUGGCGAGGAAGAAGAUGAAGAUGAAGAGGAUGGCAAAAAUGAUGAAGAUGGCAGUGGUGACGACAGCGAAGAGUCAGGUGAUGAAGAAGACGAAUUGGAGACUACAAAUGGUGCUGCAAAUUCGGUUGAAAUGGGCGACGCUGUUGCUAUUAUAAAAGGCGAAGGAAGGAAACUUAGACGGAAGGAGAAACGCAUCAGAAUCGAGCAGAUUAGAGCCAGCCUUGGUCUUUCUGAUGCACAGAGAACACCAAUGCCCGGAGAAUCUCUCAAGGACUUCUACAAGCGCACAAAUAUGUACUGGCAAAUGGCUGCUUAUGAGCACACACAACACACCGGCAAGGAACUCCGGAAGGAUGGAUUCGACCUUGCGAAAUCCCGGUAUAAGGAACUCAAGCCAAUACUUGACGAGUUGGCGAUCUUAGAGGCCGAGCAAAAGGCCGAAGAGGAGGAAGCGCCGGAGUCGAGCGGCACGAGGAAGAAAGGCAACAAGAAGAACAAAUUUUCUGCAGCCAAGUAAUCACAACUCUAUUGCCUGUAUCUUGUCUUGGUUUGUUUUAUUUUUCAUUUUAGCAAAAAAUAUGGGGUUUGUUUGAUUUUGAUUUGAGUGAGGUUUUUAUUUAAGUUUUGAUUUAAAGUAAUAUUUUGAUAUAUAUUUGCAAGAGAAAAUAAUGGUUUUUUUUUUUUUUAAUUAUUAAAAAAAAUUGUGAACUAUA